AGCGGUAAAAACAUAGUUAAUGAACGAUACGGCGCGAUGCAGGGAAUAUUUGUUCUGCGUGGUAGAGCAAUGCAUAAUUUACGUAAGCGAUACGAUACGCAACCCAUAAUAUGAGGUCAAUGUUGAUUUGUUUAAAUAAAUGUAACGGGAGAACGCGAUAAGCUGGAGGAAAUUAAAAUUCUUUGUAUUACAGUGGGAAAAUUGUCGAUGGUAUCGGGGCGAGGACUUUAUCAUUACGAGGUUACGUGUCAAAAUGGCCGAUCUAAAUAAGGAAUUGAACGAGUAUCUUCUAAGCAAUAAAAAUGAAAAACAAUAUAAAAUUGCGAUGCCAUCGGUGGGAAUUCCAAAGCUAGGUUUAGGAAAAUGGUUUGGCAGAAGUUUAGAAGAAGACAGAGAAGAAUCAGGGUGGUUGAAGGACGCGAGCAAAGAAUGUUGUCCUAGCAUGACAAGAUUGCAAAGGCUCACCGCAUUUGGAAUUUGUUUUGUAAUGGGAAUUUUAUGUUUUUGUUUAUCCACCAUAUAUAUUCCUGUAUUACUCUUAAAAGCUAGGAAAUUUGCUCUUCUUUAUUCAAUAGGGAGUUUGUUUUUCUUAAUGAGCUUUGCAUUCCUGUGGGGUCCGUUAACUUAUUUAACAUCAUUGUUUUCAGUGGAAAGAAGGUGUUUUUCCAUUACCUACAUUGCUACUUUAACAGGAACUUUGUAUUUUGCUCUCCAUUUACAAUCGACGUCGUUAACUGUUUUAUGCGCGGUAUUACAAAUAAUUGCAAUGUUAUCAUUUUUAAUAAGUCACAUACCUGGAGGAACAACAGGACUUAUGUUUUUUACAAGAAUGUUUAAAUCUUCGGUUAGCUCAACUUUAUCUGUCUGACAUUUUUUACAUAUAAAACAUUAAUUUUAAUUUAUAAAAUCAAAAAGCUUUCAAUGUAAUAUAAC